CGUGCCUGCUCCGGGCUCUUCCUCUCGCCGGGCUACGGGCCGCGAUACCCCCUCCCCCUCCUUCCUUCCCGGUGGAGAGCAAGAUGGAGGCUCGCAGCGGCCGCCGGCGCCCGUAAUCGCGCGCACCGCACCCGCACCCGCACCCGCACAAGCACCGCACCGCACCCGCCGCCGCCGCCCGGGCCGCGCCCCCGCCGCCCGCCCGCCUGCGCUCCCGGGUGGCUCCCGGUCUAUGCGGCCGCGCUCCUCGGGCCGAGCCGCCGCCGCCGCCCUCCGCCGCCCCGGGGCUCGGCGUCCGGCCUCCGGGCGCGGGCAGCGGGGUCCUCGGCGCCGCCAGGCCCAGCGGGGGCCGCGGGGCGCGGGGCGCGGGCCGGGGCGGGCGCGGCCGCAGCCAUGAGCGGCAGCAGCGCGGGGGGCGCCCCCGGCCCCGCCGCCCCCUCCGCCGGCCCCGCCGGUCCGGCCAGCGCGGCGGGCUCGGGCUGCGCGGGCGGCGCCGGCGAGGGGCCCGAGGAGGCGGCCAAGGACCUGGCCGACAUCGCGGCCUUCUUCCGCUCGGGCUUUCGGAAAAACGAUGAAAUGAAGGCGAUGGACGUCUUGCCGAUUUUAAAGGAGAAGGUCGCGUACCUUUCAGGCGGCAGAGACAAGCGUGGCGGCCCCAUCCUGACCUUCCCGGCUCGCAGCAACCACGACAGAAUACGGCAGGAGGACCUGAGGAGACUCAUCUCCUACCUCGCCUGCAUCCCCAGUGAGGAGGUCUGCAAGCGAGGCUUCACGGUCAUCGUGGACAUGCGCGGUUCCAAGUGGGACUCCAUCAAACCCCUGCUGAAGAUCCUGCAGGAGUCCUUCCCCUGCUGCAUCCAUGUCGCCCUAAUCAUCAAGCCCGACAACUUCUGGCAGAAGCAGAGGACCAACUUCGGCAGCUCCAAGUUUGAGUUUGAGACCAACAUGGUCUCCCUGGAGGGCCUCACCAAGGUGGUGGACCCCUCCCAGCUCACGCCCGAGUUCGACGGCUGCCUGGACUACAACCACGAGGAGUGGAUCGAGAUCCGCGUGGCCUUCGAGGACUAUGUGGGCAACGCCACGCACAUGCUGUCGCGGCUGGAGGAGCUGCAGGAGCUGCUGGCCAAAAAGGAGCUGCCGCAGGACCUGGAGGGCGCACGCGCCAUGAUCGAGGAGCACGCGCAGCUCAAGAAGAAGGUCAUCAAGGCGCCCAUCGAGGACCUGGACCUGGAGGGCCAGCGCCUGCUGCAGCGCAUCCAGACCAGCGACAGCUUCCCCCGCAAGAGCAUGGCGGGCGCGGGCAACGCCGACCUGCAGGGCCUGCUGCCGCGCGUCUCGGCCAUGCUGGACCGGCUGCACUCCACGCGCCAGCACCUGCACCAGAUGUGGCAUGUGCGCAAGCUCAAGCUGGACCAGUGCUUCCAACUGCGGCUCUUCGAGCAGGACGCAGAGAAGAUGUUUGACUGGAUCACGCACAACAAGGGCCUGUUUCUGAACAGCUACACGGAGAUCGGGACCAGCCACCCGCAUGCCAUGGAGCUGCAGACGCAGCACAACCACUUCGCCAUGAACUGUAUGAACGUCUACGUGAACAUCAACCGCAUAAUGUCAGUGGCCAGCCGCCUGGUGGAGUCGGGCCACUAUGCGGCACAGCAGAUCAAGCAGAUCGCCAACCAGCUGGAGCAGGAGUGGAAGGCCUUCGCCGCUGCCCUGGACGAACGCAGUGCCCUCCUGGACAUGUCCUCCGUCUUCCACCAGAAGGCCGAAAAGUACAUGAGCAACGUGGACUCGUGGUGCAAGGCCUGCGGGGAGGUGGAGCUGCCCUCGGAGCUGCAGGACCUGGAGGAUGCCAUCCACCACCACCAGGGCAUCUAUGAACACAUCACGGUGGCAUACGCCGAGGUGAGCCAGGAUGGGAAGUCGCUUCUGGACAAGCUUCAGCGGCCGCUGACCCCUGGCAGCUCCGACUCGCUCACUGCAUCCGCCAACUACUCCAAGGCUGUGCACCACGUGCUGGACGUCAUCCACGAGGUGCUGCACCACCAGCGGCAGCUGGAGAACAUCUGGCAGCACCGCAAGGUCCGCCUGCACCAGCGGCUGCAGCUCUGUGUCUUCCAGCAGGACGUGCAGCAGGUGCUGGACUGGAUCGAGAACCACGGUGAGGCGUUCCUGAGCAAGCACACGGGCGUGGGCAAGUCGCUGCACCGGGCGCGGGCCCUGCAGAAGCGCCAUGAGGACUUCGAGGAGGUCGCACAGAACACCUACACGAACGCGGACAAGCUGCUGGAGGCUGCGGAGCAGCUGGCACAGACGGGCGAGUGCGAGCCCGAGGAGAUCUACCAGGCGGCGCACCAGCUGGAGGACCGCAUCCAGGACUUUGUGCGGCGCGUGGAGCAGCGCAAGGUGCUGCUGGACAUGUCGGUGGCCUUCCACACGCACGUCAAGGAGCUCUGGACGUGGCUGGAGGAGCUGCAAAAGGAGCUGCUGGACGAUGUGUACGCCGAGUCGGUGGAGGCCGUGCAGGACCUCAUCAAGCGCUUCGGGCAGCAGCAGCAGACCACCCUGCAGGUGACCGUGAACGUCAUCAAGGAGGGCGAGGACCUUAUCCAGCAGCUCAGGGACUCGGCCAUCUCCAGCAACAAGACCCCGCACAACAGCUCCAUCAGCCACAUCGAGACGGUGCUGCAGCAGCUCGACGAGGCGCAGGCGCAGAUGGAAGAGCUCUUUCAGGAGCGCAAAAUCAAGCUGGAGCUCUUCCUGCAGCUGCGCGUCUUCGAGCGCGACGCCAUCGACAUCAUCUCGGACCUGGAGUCAUGGAAUGAGGAGCUGUCCCAACAGAUGGGCGACUUCGACACGGAGGACCUGCCCCUGGCGGAGCAGCGGCUGCAGCACCACGCGGACAAGGCUCUCACCAUGAACAACCUCACCUUCGACGUGGUUCAUCAGGGCCAGGACCUGCUGCAGUGCGCCAGCGAGGUGCAGGCCUCGGGCGUGGAGCUGCUGUGCGACCGGGACGUGGACAUGGCGACGCGCGUGCAGGACCUGCUGGAGUUCCUGCACGAGAAGCAGCAGGAGCUGGACGUGGCGGCUGAGCUGCAUCGCAAACACCUGGAGCAGUGCGUGCAGCUGCGCCACCUGCAGGCCGAGGUCAAGCAGGUGCUGGGCUGGAUCCGCAAUGGGGAGUCAAUGCUGAACGCAGGGCUGAUCACGGCAAGCUCCCUGCAGGAGGCGGAGCAGCUGCAGCGGGAGCACGAGCAGUUCCAGCACGCCAUCGAGAAGACGCACCAGAGUGCCCUGCAGGUGCAGCAGAAGGCGGAGGCCAUGCUGCAGGCCAGCCACUACGACAUGGACACCAUCCGGGACUGUGCCGAGAAGGUGGCCUCACACUGGCAGCAGCUCAUGCUCAAGAUGGAAGACCGCCUCAAGCUGGUCAAUGCCUCUGUGGCCUUCUACAAGACCUCUGAGCAGGUCUGCAGUGUCCUGGAGAGCCUGGAGCAGGAGUACAAGAGGGAGGAGGACUGGUGUGGAGGUGCUGACAAGCUGGGCCCCAACUCCGAGACCGACCACGUCACCCCCAUGAUCAGCAAGCACCUGGAGCAGAAGGAGGCAUUUCUGAAGGCGUGCACGCUGGCAAGGAGGAACGCGGACGUCUUCCUGAAGUACCUGCACAGGAACAGCGUCAACAUGCCGGGCAUGGUGACACACAUCAAGGCCCCCGAGCAGCAAGUAAAGAACAUCCUGAACGAACUGUUCCAGCGCGAGAACCGGGUCCUGCACUACUGGACCUUGAGGAAGCGGCGGCUGGACCAGUGCCAGCAGUACGUGGUCUUCGAGCGCAGCGCCAAGCAGGCGCUCGAGUGGAUCCAUGACAACGGCGAGUUCUAUCUGUCCACCCACACGUCCACAGGCUCCAGCGUCCAGCACACCCAGGAGCUGCUCAAGGAGCACGAGGAGUUCCAGAUCACCGCCAAGCAAACCAAAGAGCGGGUGAAGCUAUUGAUCCAGUUGGCUGACGGCUUCUGUGAGAAGGGGCAUGCCCACGCCGCCGAGAUCAAAAAAUGCGUGACGGCCGUGGACAAACGCUACCGCGACUUCUCUCUACGAAUGGAGAAGCACCGGACGUCUCUGGAGAAGGCCCUGGGCAUCUCCUCUGACUCCAACAAGUCGAGUAAGAGUCUGCAGCUGGAUAUCAUCCCCGCCAGCAUCCCCGGCUCCGAGGUGAAGCUGCGGGACGCGGCCCACGAGCUGAACGAAGAGAAGCGCAAGUCCGCCCGCAGGAAAGAGUUCAUCAUGGCUGAACUGAUCCAGACGGAAAAGGCUUACGUGCGGGACCUCCGAGAGUGCAUGGACACAUACCUGUGGGAGAUGACCAGCGGCGUGGAGGAGAUCCCGCCUGGCAUCGUCAACAAAGAGCUCAUCAUCUUUGGGAACAUGCAGGAGAUCUACGAGUUCCACAACAACCUCAUGUCCCCAAUCCAGUCAGGCCUGGGUGUCCGUGAUGUACUGGAGAAGUACGAGCAGCUGCCGGAGGACGUGGGCCAUUGCUUCGUCACCUGGGCAGACAAGUUUCAGAUGUACGUCACCUACUGCAAGAACAAGCCCGAUUCUACUCAGCUCAUACUGGAGCACGCGGGAUCCUACUUCGAUGAGAUACAGCAACGGCACGGCCUGGCCAACUCCAUCUCGUCCUACCUCAUCAAGCCGGUGCAGCGGAUAACCAAGUACCAGCUCCUCCUCAAAGAGCUGCUCACCUGCUGUGAGGAAGGCAAGGGGGAGAUCAAAGACGGCCUGGAGGUGAUGCUCAGUGUGCCCAAGCGCGCCAACGACGCCAUGCACCUCAGCAUGCUGGAAGGGUUUGACGAAAAUAUCGAGUCUCAGGGAGAGCUCAUCCUGCAGGAAUCCUUCCAGGUGUGGGACCCCAAGACCUUGAUCCGGAAAGGGCGGGAGAGGCAUCUCUUCCUCUUCGAGAUGUCCCUGGUCUUCAGCAAAGAAGUCAAAGACUCCAGCGGGCGGAGCAAGUACCUGUAUAAGAGCAAGCUGUUUACCUCGGAGCUGGGUGUUACGGAGCACGUGGAAGGGGACCCUUGCAAGUUUGCCCUGUGGGUGGGGAGGACCCCAACUUCGGACAAUAAGAUCGUGUUGAAGGCAUCCAGCAUAGAGAACAAGCAGGACUGGAUCAAGCACAUCCGCGAGGUCAUCCAAGAACGCACCGUCCACCUCAAGGGUGCCCUGAAGGAGCCCAUCCACAUCCCCAAGACGGCGCCAGCCACCAGGCAGAAGGGACGCAGGGAGACAGAGGACCUGGACAGCCAGGGCGAUGGCAGCAGCCAGCCCGACACCAUCUCCAUCGCCUCCCGGACGUCACAGAACACGCUGGACAGCGACAAGCUGUCGGGCGGCUGCGAGCUGACAGUGGUGAUCCACGACUUCACGGCCUGCAACAGCUCGGAGCUCACCAUCCGGCGUGGCCAGACGGUGGAGGUGCUGGAGCGGCCCCACGACAAGCCCGACUGGUGCCUGGUGCGCACCACCGACCGCUCCCCCGCCGCCGAGGGGCUGGUGCCCUGCGGCUCCCUGUGCAUCGCCCACUCGAGGAGCAGCAUGGAGAUGGAGGGCAUCUUCAACCACAAAGACUCGCUGUCCGUGUCCAGCAACGACGCCAGCCCUCCAGCCUCGGUGGCGUCCCUGCAGCCGCACAUGAUGGGGGCUCAGAGCUCUCCGGGCCCCAAACGCCCCGGCAACACCCUGCGCAAGUGGCUGACGAGCCCCGUGCGGCGGCUGAGCAGCGGCAAGGCGGACGGGCACGUCAAGAAGCUGGCGCACAAGCACAAGAAGAACCGCGAGGUGCGCAAGAGCGCGGACGCCGGCUCCCAGAAGGACUCGGAUGACAGCGCCGCCACCCCGCAGGACGAGACCGUGGAAGAGCGUGGCCGGAAUGAGGGCCUGAGCAGUGGGACAUUGUCCAAAUCGUCGUCUUCGGGCAUGCAAAGCUGCGGGGAGGAGGAGGGCGAGGAGGGCGCCGACGCCGUACCACUACCCCCACCCAUGGCCAUCCAGCAGCACAGCCUCCUGCAGGCCGACGCGCAGGACGACAAGGCUUCCUCUCGGCUGCUUGUGCGCCCCACCAGCUCCGAGACGCCCAGCGCCGCAGAGCUCGUCAGUGCCAUCGAGGAGCUGGUCAAGAGCAAGAUGGCCCUGGAGGACCGCCCCAGCUCCCUGCUGGUGGACCAGGCCGACAGCAGCAGCCCCUCCUUCAACCCCUCCGACAACUCACUGCUGUCCUCCUCGUCGCCCAUGGACGAGAUGGAGGAGAGGAAGUCCAGCUCCCUCAAGAGACGGCACUACGUUCUACAAGAACUAGUGGAGACAGAGCGUGACUACGUGCGGGACCUUGGCUGCGUGGUUGAGGGCUACAUGGCGCUGAUGAAAGAGGACGGCGUCCCCGACGACAUGAAGGGCAAGGACAAGAUUGUGUUUGGCAACAUCCACCAGAUCUACGACUGGCACAGGGACUUUUUUUUAGGCGAGUUGGAGAAGUGCCUUGAAGAUCCGGAAAAGCUGGGCCCCCUGUUUGUGAAGCAUGAGAGAAGGCUGCACAUGUACAUCGUGUACUGUCAGAAUAAGCCCAAGUCGGAGCACAUCGUCUCUGAGUACAUCGACACCUUUUUCGAGGACCUGAAGCAGCGCCUCGGCCACCGGCUCCAGCUCACCGACCUGUUGAUCAAGCCUGUCCAGAGGAUCAUGAAGUACCAGCUGCUGCUGAAGGAUUUCCUUAAGUAUUCCAAGAAAGCCAGUCUGGACACCUCGGAAUUGGAGAGAGCCGUGGAGGUGAUGUGCGUCGUUCCCAAGCGCUGCAACGACAUGAUGAACGUGGGCCGUCUGCAAGGCUUUGACGGCAAGAUCGUGGCGCAGGGCAAGCUUCUCCUGCAGGACACAUUCCUGGUGACGGAGCAGGACGCCGGCCUCCUGCCGCGCUGCCGUGAGCGCCGGGUCUUCCUGUUUGAGCAGAUGGUCAUCUUCAGCGAGCCGCUUGACAAGAAGAAGGGCUUCUCCACGCCCGGCUUCCUCUUCAAGAACAGCAUCAAGGUGAGCUGCCUUUGUCUGGAGGAGAACGUGGAAAAUGACCCCUGCAAGUUUGCGCUGACGUCCAGGGUGGGGGACACUGUGGAGACCUUCGUCCUGCACUCGGCCAGCCCCGGGGCCCGCCAGGCCUGGGUCCAUGAGAUCAACCAGAUCCUGGAGAACCAGCGCAACUUCUUAAACGCCUUGACCUCGCCUAUUGAGUACCAGCGGAACCACAGCGGGGGCGGCGGCGGCGGGGGGUUCCCCGGAGGCGUGGGGGGCAGCAGUAGCCACGGCGGCGGAGGAGGAGGAGGGGGCGCCGGGCCCCCCGGCUCGAGCCGGAGCAGACCCUCCCGGAUCCCCCAGCCCGUGCGACACCACUCCCCCGUCCUGGUCUCCUCUGUGGCGGCCCCCAGCCAGGCAGAGGCAGACAAGAUGUCAGGUACGUCCACCCCCGGGGGCCCCCCGCCCCCUCCCUGCAGCGGGCACCCCAACAGCGGAGAGAAGGCGCCCGCGACCACCGCCGCCGCCGCCGCCGCCACCACCACCACGGACAGUCCACGCAAAGGGGGCGCCCCAGAGGACAGUCGCGGCCCCCGGGCCAGCCUGGGCCCCCCGGGCCUCGACAAGGACCCCCAGCCCCCUGGCAGCCCCCCACUACAGAAAGGGGGCUCUUUCUGGAGCAGCCUUCCCGCCUCCCCCGCCAGCCGGCCGGGCUCCUUCACCUUCCCGGGGGACGGCGAGCCCCCUCCGCCACCGAGGCCCGCGCCCCGCCCCGCCACCGCCCCCAAGGAUGCCCCCAAGGACUCGGACCGCAUGAGCACCUGCUCGUCGGCCAGCGAGCAGUCGGUACAGUCCACACAGAGCAACGGGAGUGAAGGCAGCAGCAGCAGCAGCAUGUCCACCAUGCUGGUGACACACGAUUACACCGCAGUGAAGGAGGAUGAGAUAAACGUCUAUCAGGGAGAGGUCGUGCAGAUCCUGGCCAGCAAUCAGCAGAACAUGUUCCUGGUGUUCCGAGCCGCCACCGACCAGUGCCCCGCCGCCGAGGGCUGGAUCCCCGGCUUCGUCCUGGGCCACACCAGCGCGGUCGUCCUGGACACCCCCGACGGCUCCCUCAAGAAAUCAUCAUCUUGGCACACAGCACUCCGGUUAAGGAAGAAGUCUGAGAAGAAGGAGAAGGACAGCAGACGGGAAGGCAAGCUGGAGAACGGGUGCCGGGAAGGGUUCAGCAACAAGGUGUCCGUGAAGCUUCUCAACCCCAAUUACAUAUACGACGUCCCCCCAGAGUUCGUCAUUCCCUUGAGCGAGGUCACGUGUGAGCCCGGGGAGACGGUUGUUCUGCGAUGUCGCGUGUGUGGCCGCCCCAAGGCCUCCAUCACCUGGAAAGGCCCUGAGCACAACACCCUGGACAACGACGGCCACUACAGCAUCUCCUACAGCGACUUGGGAGAGGCUGUUCUGAGGAUUGUGGGUGUGACCACCAAGGACGAUGGCGUCUACACGUGCACCGCGGUCAACGACAUGGGCUCCGCCUCGUCCUCUGCCAGCCUGAGGGUUCUAGGUCCAGGGACGGACGGGCUUGUGGUGACCUGGAAGGACAACUUUGACUCCCUGUACAGCGAAGUGGCUGAGCUCGGCAGGGGCCGAUUCUCUGUGGUGAAGCAGUGUGACCAGAAGGGCACCCAGCGAGCUGUGGCCACCAAGUUCGUGAGCAAGAAGCUGAUGAGGCGAGAGCAGGUGACCCGCGAGCUGGGCAUCCUGCGUUCCCUGCGGCACCCGCUGCUGGUUGGCCUCCUGGACACCUUCGAGACGCCCACCAGCUACGUCCUGGUGCUGGAGAUGGCCGACCAGGGCCGCCUCUUGGACUGUGUGGUGCGUUGGGGCAACCUCACGGAAGGGAAGAUAAGGGCAUACCUGGGGGAGGUUCUGGAAGCCGUCCGCUAUCUUCACAACUGCAGGAUCGCUCACCUGGACCUUAAGCCCGAGAACAUCCUGGUGGACCAGGGCGCCACCAAGCCCACCGUGAAGCUGACAGACUUCGGGGACGCCGUCCAGCUGGGCGCCACCCAGCACGUGCACCCGCUGCUGGGGAGCCCGGAGUUCGCCGCCCCGGAGAUCAUCCUGGGGGACCCGGUGGCGCUGACUUCGGACACGUGGAGCGUGGGGGUGCUGGCCUACGUGCUGCUCAGCGGGGUGUCCCCGUUCCUGGACGACAGCGCCGAGGAGACGUGCCUCAACAUCUGCCGCCUGGACUUCAGCUUCCCCGAGCGCUACUUCUCGGCCGUGAGCCGCCCCGCCCGCGCCUUCGUCAGCCGCCUGCUGCAACGGGAGCCUGGCCGCCGGCCCUCGGCCGCCCUAGCGCUGCGGGAGCGCUGGCUGCAGCCGCCCUCCGCUCCCGGGCCCCCCGGACCCCCGCUCGACACCUCCCGCCUGGCCGCCUUCAUCGAGCGGCGCAGACACCAGAACGAUGUUCGGCCGAUUCGGAGCCUCAAACACUCUCUGCACAGCAGGCUGCUGGUGCCCAGGGCGUGAGUGACCGCGACCCUGACCGCGACCCAACCCGUCCUGAAGCUCCUUCUCUCAUUCUCUUUCACCUGCCAGGCCGGCCUGGGAAACACUGACAGACAAGACAGACAGACCCAUCUGGAUGGACAGCUGCCGGCCUGUGUCCAUCACCACUCCUCCCGCCCCCCCCAUGGGGUGGGUGGCCUAAUCGUGUGACUGCACCGCUGGGGUCUUCUCCUUCCUCUCCUCCUCCUCCUCCUCCUCCUCCUCCUCCUCCUCCUCCUCCUCCUCCUCCUCUUCCUCCUCCUCCUCCUCCGACAGGUGGAACCAGCCUGGCUGGGUCCCAAGUCUUUUUAAUUCAGGUUUCUGCAAAAUAAAUAAAUAAAAAUUAGGAAAAAAAAGAAUUGAUCAAUUUUGGGAAAAAGCAAAAAAAGAACAUGAAGAUUAAAAAAAAAAAAGAAAGUUUUUUUUUUUUUUUCCAACAGAUGGGAAUAGGAUUUUGCAAGAAUCAAAUGUUGGUGUUUUGUUUUGUAUUUUUCGCUUUGUUUCUUUUCUUUCAAGAUGUCUCAGAGGAAGCAGCAAGGCCUCCUCCGUUCAACCACUGGUGUUAGGGGACAAGGGGACCUUGUUGGAGAGCCACCACACCCCCAGGACUGGCCAGCCCUCUCCCGCCACCUGCUGGCUCAGUUCCCAGUGUCUCUGUAAGCCUUUCCCAGUUGCCUGGGCCAGGGACUCCUGGCUGAUACAGGCCCCGGCAACUGGGUGUUCAACUUCAGACUUUUACAGAAGAAUAGAAGGAAUCAAUUUCUUCCUUUUUUCUUGUUUUUUGCUUUGUUUGUGGGGUAACACUCGCGCUCUCUCUUUUUUUGCUCUGAUGAAAUGUAGGCCUUACUUGUAUAUAAGAUUGGUCCUGCUCUGGUUCUUGCUUCUUCUUGAUCCCCAUGUCCCUGCACCUGCCUGGAGCUCCUUUCUGGGGGGGUUGGGGGCGGUGAUGUACACGGAGGGACCAGUCCAUCCCCCCAGCACAUGGGGACAGGUCCUGCCCCGCCCGCCAUCAGCUGUUCAGAUAGCCGUGCACCAGGUGGAAAUACUGUCAACAACUCAUUUGUUUCUUGUUUUUUUUUUUUUUUGGGGGGGUUCUUUUUUAAAAUUUCUUUCCUACCAUGUGCAAUGUUGUGGCUUUAACAUUUUAUGCAACUAUUUAUGAAGGCCUCUGUUGUACCUGUAAUAAAUAUAUAGAAAAAGCACAUACUUCGUACAGUGAGCUUUAUGGCCUUGUGCGUGUGGGAAGUGGGGGUAUAUGGGGGCGGGAGGGGUGUGGAGAGGGGGCUGCCCCUCGGGCCAUCCUCGGCCCCAUGCUUCGUGACAGGUGUAAAUAUUGAAAAUUUAAAAAGUCACGAACUCCUACUCUGAAUAGAAAGCCGGAUGAUAGGGUUAUGUUAUCCUGUGAAUCAUGCUAUUAUUCAGAAUGCCAAAGUAUUAUUUUUUCCCCUUCAAAUCAAGUCUGGACCUUAAUAACUUUUUAGACUUUUUAACGUUCAACUUUCUGUACAAAAAAAAAAAAAAUUGGCUAGAGUCUGAACUUUUAGCAAGUGAUUUUAAAAAGCCAAUUAAGCGCACCAAGCCAACCUUGCAGCUGGCUUCAGAUCCCUAGCUGUGACCAGUGUGAUAUGGAGGUCAUGUGGCAUUUCUAACCAGCCACACUGGCUUCCUGGGCUCAUUCAGAAUUUUUUUUUUCUUUCCAGAUGUCUUUGCCUCUUUGUGGUGUGAAAUCACACCAAAAAAAGAAAAAGGAAAAAAAAAAAAAGGGGGGGCAGGAGGAGAGACUGUCAGCCCAGCCCACUUGACAAGCCAGCCACCAACUGGGCCCAUGAGAGCUUUGAAAUCCUCCUUGUGCUUUAUUUAUUCUCUUGUUGGGGGUGGAGGGUGGGUGGGACAAGAGGGUUAUUUUGUUUCUUGUAAAAUUGUACAGAAACUUUUUAAGGAAAAAAAAAAGGACUCGGAUUCAAAACUGGAUGUGUAUCUGGAGGCCAACAGCUUUCCUUGUGUGUGCUGCUGCGUCACCGUUCUUUGGGGGUUUUGUUUGUUUUGCUUUUGUUUUUUUUUUUUACAUCAUUUUGCAUGUAUAUUUCUUUGUACAGAGACCUUCCAUGUUUACACGGUAUGAUGUGAUGUAAAUAUUUUAUUUUGCCAUCAGUUAUUUAAGUAAAUAAACAUAUUUGCCUGA